AGAAGAAAUCAAAACACUGUCAUUUUCAAAUCGAAAUUGUUAUUGAACAAAAACUUGCUGCAGAAUUUGACAUUUAUCCACAUCUCUAACUUAGCUCUCUGUUCUUCAAUGUCUUCACCUGCUGAAUUCUAUCACUCUCUUCCGCCUAUAACCAAGGCUUAUGGGACUGCGUGCUUGCUUUUCACUGCGGCUUAUCAGCUCGGAGUAUUUGAUUUGGUGCAUAUUGCUUUGAUAUAUAAGCUUGUAUUCUCACAUUUUCAGGUAUGGCGGCUUUUUACUAAUUUCUUUUUCCUAGGAAAAUUCUCCAUCAAUUUUGCAAUUCGUCUCUUAAUGAUAGCAAGAUAUGGCGUUCAACUUGAGAAAGGACCAUUUGAACGUAGGACUGCAGAUUUCUUAUGGAUGAUGAUCUUCGGAGCCUUGUCGAUGUUGGUACUAUCUGCCAUCCCUAUUUUUUGGACUCCUUUCUUGGGGACAUCACUUGUAUUCAUGCUUCUCUAUGUCUGGAGUAGAGAAUUUCCUAACGCCCAGAUCAACAUUUAUGGCCUUGUGACUCUUAAGGCAUUUUAUCUACCAUGGGCGAUGCUUGCUUUAGAUGUGAUUUUUGGUUCACCUUUGAUGCCAGAUCUGAUGGGAAUCAUAGCAGGGCAUCUAUAUUACUUUUUAACUGUUUUGCAUCCACUUGCAACAGGAAAGACCUUUUUGAAGACUCCAAAUUUGGUACGUAAACUGGUUGCAAGAUACAGAAUAGGAGCUCCGGCCCCAACAAGCAACCGCACAGAAGCUGAUAGAAACGCACCAAACAGUACCAACACGGCUUUCAGAGGGAGGUCAUACCGAUUAAGUGAUUAGUUUGUAGCUCUUCCCCCCGAUGCACCUAACAGUUGAUACCGGGAGCAAAGUAUUUGAUGCCGACAUCAACUAGCAGAAGAGGUCUAAUGAAAAAUUCUCGACCUUUCAAACAACUUAACACUUUGUUUUUCUUUUAUAGCGUUGUUGACGACUAGUGAAUUGUAAUACGUAAAAUUGAAAACUAAUGCCAAAUGGGAAUCUAUGUCUUGAUUCUUUUGUCCA